UAGGCACUUGGAGAGUGGGGUCAAGUUUGAGCAGAACUUCCUAACCCACUUGGAAGAGGUGGCUGCUGUCCACUGUGGCCCAAAAAGCAUCGAUCGACCCAGUGCCUGGAGUCCCCACGUUGGAGCAUCCCUGCUGUGGUUCCCUGGCUGCUGUCUACAGAAGCCCCAGAUAAGUUCUCACUCUCUCUCUCCCACUAAGCUCCAGUCCUGAGAUUGAAAUAGGGGCUGAAGCUCACUGCGCCCCAGAAAUCAUGGGACCCAGGAUAGGGCCAAUUGGUGAGGAGCUCCAGGUGCCAGACAAGGACACCAAAGCCAUGGUGGGCACAGAAGACACACCUGGAGGCAAAGCCAGGCCAAAUCCUCAAGAUUUGCGGCCAAGUGUGUUUCACAGCAUCAAGUUCUUCGUGCUGUGCCACAGCCUGCUGCAGCUGGCGCAGCUCAUGAUCUCCGGCUACCUCAAGAGCUCCAUCUCCACGGUGGAGAAGCGCUUCGGCCUCUCCAGUCAGACCUCGGGGCUGCUGGCCGCCUUCAACGAGGUGGGGAACACAGCCCUGAUCGUGUUUGUGAGCUAUUUUGGCAGCCGGGUACAUCGGCCCCGCCUGAUCGGCUAUGGAGCUAUCCUUGUGACCCUGGCGGGCGUGCUCAUGACUGUCCCACACUUCAUCUCAGAGCCGUACCACUACGACCACACUAGCCCCGCAGACAUGCCACAGGACUUUGAGGCCUCCCUGUGCCUGCCCACCACUGAGGCCCCAACCUCAGCCCCGGCCCCAUCCAACAGCAGCUGCUCAGGCUACACAGAGGUCCAGCAUCUGGCCGUGGUGGGGAUAAUGUUCACGGCCCAGACCUUGCUCGGCGUGGGCGGGGUGCCCAUUCAGCCCUUUGGCAUCUCCUACAUUGAUGACUUUGCCCACAACAGCAACUCACCCCUCUACCUCGGGAUCCUGUUUGCAGUGACCAUGAUGGGGCCAGGCAUGGCCUAUGGGCUGGGCAGCCUCAUGCUGCGCCUUUAUGUGGACAUUGAUCGAAUGCCGGAAGGUGGCAUCAGCCUGACCUCAAAGGACCCCCGAUGGGUGGGUGCCUGGUGGUUGGGCUUUCUCAUCUCCGCUGGCACGGUGGCCCUGGCUGCCAUCCCCUACUUCUUCUUCCCCAAGGAGAUGCCCAAGGAGAAGCGUGAGCUUCGCUUCCGGCGAAAGGUCUUGGCAGUUUCAGACCCACCUGUCAGCAAAGGUGAGGACUCCUCCUCUGAGUGGAGCCCUGGGGAGUACCCAGAGAAGAAGGAUGGCCUAGCCCAGAUUGCCCCAGACUUGACUGUGACCCAGUUUAUCAAAGUCUUUCCCAGGGUGAUGCUGCGGACCCUGCGCCACCCCAUCUUCCUGCUGGUGGUCCUGUCCCAGGUGUGCAUGUCGUCCAUGGUGGCAGGCAUGGCCACCUUCCUGCCCAAGUUCCUGGAGCGCCAGUUCUCCGUCACAGCGUCCUAUGCCAACCUGCUCAUAGGCUGCCUCACCAUCCCGUUGGCCAUCGUGGGCAUAGUGGUGGGGGGCAUCCUGGUCAAGCGCCUCCGCCUGGGCCCCAUGCACUGCGGCACGCUUUGCCUGCUGGGGGCUCUGUUCUGCCUGCUUCUCAGCACGCCCCUCUUCUUCAUGGGCUGCUCUACCCACCAGAUUGCAGGCAUCAACCACCAGCCUGGUGCCCAGCCUGGGCUGGAGCUAUUUCCAGGCUGCAUGGAGCCCUGCUCCUGCCCGUCAGACGACUUUAACCCCAUCUGUGACUCCAGCGCUCGUGUGGAGUACCUCACGCCCUGCCACGCAGGCUGCACAAGCCGGGUAGUCCACGAGGCUCCGGACAAAGGCCAGGUCUUCUACACCAACUGCAGCUGCGUGGUAGGGGGCGGCCCUGUGCCAGCAGGCUCCUGUGACUCAGCCUGCAGCCAUCUGGUGCUGCCCUUCAUGAUCCUGGUCAGCCUGGGUGCAGCACUGGCGAGUGUCACCCACACACCCUCCUUCAUGCUCAUCCUAAGGGGAGUGAAGAAAGAAGACAAGACUCUGGCUGUGGGGAUCCAGUUCAUGGUCCUGAGAGUUUUGGCCUGGAUGCCCAGCCCCGUGAUCCACGGCAGUGCCAUUGACACCACCUGUGUGUACUGGGCCCAGAGUUGUGGACGUCGGGCCGUCUGCCACUACUAUGACCACGACCUGCUUCGAAACCGGUUCAUCGGCCUCCAGUUCUUCUUCAAGACAGGCUCUCUGGCCUGUUUCGCCUUGAUUUUGGCCAUCCUAAGGCAGCAGGACAAAGAGGAGGGGACCAAGGCAACCAUACCCAACUCUGGCCUACAGCAGCAGCUGUUAGCGUCAGGAGAAAAGAAGGAGCCGGAGGAAUCCAGAGUGUGAGCUCUCCCAGGGCCCCAUUCUGGCCAGGAGUGGCAGCCAUGGCGAGUAACUCCUCUGGGCCCUUUGCCUGAGAUUGGGGGUUGGGAGCCCUGUUUUCCAAUUAUGAGUCCGCCACUAACUUGCUACGUGGCUUUGAGCAAGCCACUGACCCUUUCUGGGCCUUUGUUUGCUCACCUGAACCAAAGAGUUACUUGCGGGUUUGUUGUGUUGGCCACUUCUGAAGCUUGAGGGUCUUCCCCCUCUUCUCCCCCAGCCAUGCGGGCUGACCUGAAACCAGACUUUCCUGGGUGGAAGGACUGCAUAUCUUUCCCCCAGAACCCGAGGAUAGAGAAGUGGACAAAAGUAGGCCAGGCUGCCCCGCAUACUGGGUCCUGGCCCUGCUCUGCUGCUCACCUGGAACACCCUCUCUGAGCCUCAGCCUCCUGCCUCCAUCUCUGUCAGGUGGAAAUGAACUUGACAGCUUUCAGGCCCCUUCAGCUGUGACCAUCUGUGUGGCCAGGACAGACUCAGGUCUCCUCCCCAGCCCCGCUCAGCCUGGACUUGGGGCCAGUACAGCCUCUGUUGAGAAGUGUCCAUUUGGCGCCCCCUGGAGGCAGAGCCCUGAGCUUUGGGGAGACGCCCUGGGGAGGGAACUGGUCCCACUCAGAACAUCCAGGCUAGGCAGGGCCUUCAGGAAACCUGGUGUGAGGGACCCAGGGGCCUUGGCUGUGCAGGGAGACUCACUCUCUGGAGUCAGGAAAUGCCAGCCCUGCCCUCAGGCAGCCACAGUCUGGGUGAGGCCUAUUCUCUGCCAGGUGGAGAGGAGGACCCAGGUCCCACAUUGGGGCAUUUCCUAAUUUCAAAGACCAAAUGCACUCAGCAUAGACUCACUGGUACCCGUGCACUGCCAAGAUUUCACACAUUUGACCUGGGCCCACCAAAGCCACUUUGACUUUUGUGACUAGAAUCCUAAUUUCACCAUUUCCUCCCAGGUGCCUGAUUCUAUGUCACCUGGGGUUGUGUAGACAAUGUCUGGUUCUGUGACACCCACAUUUUGGGGUAACAUCUGGUUCUCUGUAAUGCCUGGGUUGGCGUAAGAACCUGUUCUUUUUGAUGCCCAGGCUUGUGAUCUGGAAGCAAUAAUGCGUGGCUCUGUGUAAUAAGUGGGUCUGCGGGAUACUUGGGUCUGAACAGACAAGUCCUUGUCUGUGUCAGGCCUUGUCUUGCCUUGUCUUGUUUUAUGGCUAGUCUUAUCUGGCCUGAUUAUCUCCCUGGGACGGGAAGAGAGUUUCCCAAUCUGCUUCCAGCCCAAUCUGGUUGCUUGGGAGGCAAGAGACAGGGAGUCAUCAGAAGGAGCUUCCCAAAUCCGUGUCCAGCCCUGUACUGUGUGUGGGCCAGGGGAGAAGCUGGGGGUUUGGGGGCACAUGUGGCUCUGGCCCUCUGUGCAGCUCUCAGUGGCAGGGCUUUGAGGCUAUGCCACAUGAAAGAAGAGGGAGGUACAAAAGUUCUAAUUCCCAUUUUUGUUCUGCUGGUUGAUACCUUUAAAUGUCUAACAAAUAUCUGAGCCUGUAUUUAUCAGUGCCAAGAAUUUCAGAGUCUCUUCCAAAAAGAUGAGGCUGUUUGUAUGUUCAUAAUUCUCCUCCUUCCCUGUCAUUUCCCAGGUUUUGCAGAAAUAAUCUGGAAUUAUAGAUGUAGCUUACUAUUAAAUUUGUUCUUGCAUAAUGUGUCUUCUGUUACAAAAAUCCUUUCUUCGAAACUGUAUUAAGGUUUGCAACAA